AUGAAUGCUAGAACAAAUCAACUCCAAUUGACCGCAGAAUAUCGGCAAAUAAAGGAUGCCGUUUCAGUGGCAUUUCAUUCAAUUAUGGUACAUCGGGUACUUGGAAAGUUUAAAUUUUCUUCUGACAGUGAUUAUAGCCUUGGCUCUCUUGGGCAUGAAGAAGUGCCGUGCAAUCAUGUCGAUCUCACUUAUAUACGAGUCAACAGUCCCGAAUUUAUCGAUGACUUUAAUGAAAAGGUGGACUUAUUUGUCGAGGCGGUAACCAAAUCAUUGAAGGACGGGUAUUUUUUAAGUGGAAGUGGAAAUCAUUUAAUAUCGCCUUCGUCUGCUCGUGAAGGAGGGAGAAUUUAUGGAAUUGAUUGCUGGGAGGACUUGAUAUCAACACAAAUUAAACUUGAAUUUUACCAACGUCGGAAACGACAAUGGCCAAUUCCAGAAGAUACUGCUCCGUGGGAAGGGAUGUACCCGAAUCGCUGUCUUCUUCGACCUGGCUCACCGGCCUUUUUCUGGGAUGGAAGUCGGUAG